AAAGAAUCAUAUGAUGAUGAUGGUGAAGAAAAAUGUCCAGAAAAAAGUCACAAGAAGAAAAUGUAGCUUGAAUAUUGGCAAGAAACGAAAUUCCAAAGUUGUUGCCUUGGUUAUUAGUGUCUCUUGUUAUCAUCGUCAUCAUCAUCAUUAUUAUUGGUUGGAUGUGAUUUUUUUUUUUUUGGUUCACAACAAAAAAAAGAUGAAAUUGAAACAACCGGAACUAAAGAAUCGAUAAAACGCUUGCGCGUAUCCAAAAUUCUUCAUCAUUAUUAAAAUAAAAUUGACAUUCAUGAAAUGGCAAUCAUUCGAUAUUCAACAUUCAUUUCGUUCACACACACUAACAAAAAAAAGUGAUUAUUAUGGCACAUUUACGACGUAUACAUUUUCAAAGUAGAAAAUGUUGUUCAUCUGUAUCGGCUGCUAGUAUGCCGGAUUUUAGUGAUAAUUAUUUUGAAGAACUUAAAAGAAAGAUUCGCUUCAUUUGCGAUGAUGGUAUGAAACAGACUGUUAUUAAUAACAAACAAAAUGAUGGUCAUGGCGCGAAACUUUGUAAUAAAAUCAACAACAACAACAACAACAGCAGCAGCAGCAGCCACAAAAACAACAACAGCAAUCAGAUCAAUAAUGCCGUAAUAUUUUCAUUGAAAAAUCAAGUUGCUGGUCUAGUUCGAGCGCUAAGAAUAUUUCAAGAAUUUAAUAUCAAUGUUCGUCAUAUUGAAUCAAGAAAAUCUCGACGAAAAAAUUCACAAUAUGAAAUCUAUUUAGACAUUGAUUGUGAUGAUAGGGAAAAAAUGCAACAAUUACUUCAUCAACUUCGACAUGAAGUUGAUUGUUGUACAUAUGAAGAAUUUGAACGUAUUUGUAAUUCUCCAAAAUCGAAAGAACCACCUAAACAAUUACCAUCGAUUCUUACAUCACAAUCAUCAUUUGAUAAAGGUGAUCUUAUCGGCGAAGAUGGUAUGCCAUGGUUUCCACAACGUAUUGCUGAUCUAGAUUAUUCUUCGAAUCGUGUUUUAAUGUAUGGCGCUGAAUUGGAUGCUGAUCAUCCGGGAUUCAAAGAUCCUGUUUAUCGACAACGAAGAAAAUAUUUCACUGAUUGUGCAAUGAAUUAUCGACAUGGACAACCAAUUCCACGUAUUGAAUAUUCGGAUGAAGAAACUAGAACCUGGGGUGUCAUCUAUACUGAACUGCGUAAAUUGUAUGAAAAACAUGCUUGCAAAGAAUUUAAUGAUAACCUGGAAUUAUUGGAACAACAUUGUGGUUAUCGGGCUAAUAAUAUUCCACAAUUGGAAGAUAUUUCUCAAUUUCUUAAACAACGAACUGGAUUUCAACUUCGAUGUGUAGCUGGAUAUCUUUCGGCACGAGAUUUUCUAGCCGGUCUAGCAUUUCGUGUAUUUUAUUGUACACAAUAUAUUCGACAUUCAAGUGAUCCAUUCUAUACACCGGAACCGGAUUGUUGUCAUGAAUUAUUGGGACAUUGUCCAUUAUUAGCUGAUCCAAGUUUUGCACAAUUUUCUCAUGAAAUUGGUCUAGCAUCGUUGGGUGCAAAUGAUGAAGAAGUGGAUAAAUUGGCUACCUGUUAUUUUUUCACCAUUGAAUUUGGUCUUUGUAAACAACAGAAUGAAUUAAAAGUAUAUGGUGCCGGUUUAUUAUCAUCGGUUGCUGAACUGAAACAUGCUGUAUCUGGUUCAGCACAUAUACUUGCAUUCGAUCCAAUAUUAACAUGUCAACAGGAACCAAUGAUAACAACAUUUCAGAAAAUGUAUUUCUAUACAGAUUCAUUUAUGGAUGCAAAAGAACAGAUGAGAGAAUUUGCUAAAACCAUCAAACGUCCAUUCGGUGUACGUUAUAAUCCAUAUACACAAUCGGUAGAAAUAUUGAGUAAUACGAAAAAAAUCCUCAAUCUAGUAAGCGAAUUAAAAGGUGAUCUUUGUAUUGUAACAAAUGCAUUGGCUAAAAUUAAAGAAGAUAAUGACGAUGAUGGCGUUGGUGGUAAUGAUUCAGAUAAUAAUGGUGAUACUAUCCAUGGUGCUAAUGAUCAUGAUCAUCUUGUAUUGAAUGAAGCUGACGCUCGUCGUAAUAGUCAAGCAAAUUUAGAUCAAAUGAUUAUGGAUAUGAACAAAAUACAGGUAUCAUGUGAAAAUCAUCAACAACAGCAACAACAAAUGAAUCAUCAGGAAUAAUAAUUCUGAGAAAAAAAAACAUU